UGCGUGGCUGUAGCGACGUAGGGUGUGCAGCCAAAGGACUGUUAUUGCUGCAGGCUGCAGUGGGAAGCGUGGCAAUUUCUUCCGCGGAAGAGCUAUAGAAUAUAUAUUGUAUAUAUUUGAGAGCAUUGUUGUUUAAGAAUGGGCGUUGAAAUCGAGACCAUAUCGCCAGGAGACGGCAGGACAUUUCCAAAAAAGGGCCAGACAUGUGUUGUUCACUAUAUAGGAAAUUUGCAGAAUGGAAAGAAGUUUGAUUCUUCCAGAGACCGAGGCAAGCCUUUCAAGUUCAAGUUUGGCAAACAGGAAGUAAUUAAAGGUUGGGAAGAAGGCAUAGCACAGAUGAGUUUGGGACAAAGGGCAAAACUGACCUGUACUCCCGAUGUGGCAUACGGUGUAACAGGUCACCCCGGAGUCAUCCCAGCCAAUGCCACCCUUAUCUUUGACGUCGAGCUGCUGAAGUUGGAGUGAAGAAUUCCUUCGUUGAUAUUUGGUUUCAAGGGAUGCCAUAGGGAGUCCUGGGUAUCAAUACAGUGGAAUCGAUCUUCAAACUGACUUCUGUGAGCCACUGAAGACCUUUUUAUGAUAUUGAUUUUAAACAAAAAGAAUCCUGCCUAGCUACCUGCAUCCUGUUUAUUUUGCUCUUGCUACUUGGAAUUGUUAGUUUUGACUACCAGUGUUGUUAAUUUGUAGAUCCUUUGCUUAUGGGACUGAUACUUUGUUCUUUUUAGUUUUUGGUCUGUUUUGAUUGCAUGCAAUAUUUAAUGAAUUUAAGUAAUUUCUAAAAUAUUUGAUGAAGUUGACCUAACCAGGGUCUAACCUAAUUUUUGAAUAGCAAAUACCUAAAAGGCAUACAAAGGUUUUAUAAAAUUAAAAUAAAUGUGCAUUCAUAAGAAACUGCAGGACCUGUAUUUGCCAGUCUUGCACUGAAGCAAGAACUGAUGUAAAACUUGAUUGGUUGUUGAAAUAAAAAACAAUUUAAAAGAAAA